UCAAAAUUUCCUUUUUUUAAAUUGUGAUAAUAAGAGCAGUUCUACGAGUGUUCCAAAAUGAAGAAUGAAUACGAGCAAAUAAUGGACAAAUUCGCCGCUAUAAAUGAAAGACCUGUUGAUAAUAUUUCGAUGGAACUCUUUUACAAACCUCGGACUAUCAGUUUAUUUAUAGUUUCAUUUUUUUCUCUUAUGUAUUUUAGUUUCAUAAGGAAUGAAGAUAAUGCCGAUGAUAAUAUAUGGGCUGGAGCAUGCUGUGUUGUUUUCUUUUUUGUAAUUAUAUCAAUUUUAGCCUUUCCAAAUGGUCCUUUUACCAGACCUCACCCAGCAGUUUGGAGAAUAGUUUUUGGUUUGAGCGUUCUUUACCUUCUUUGCUUAAUUUUUCUUCUUUUCCAAAGCUAUAAAACUGUCAGACAAAUACUGGUUUGGAUUGACCCAGGUCUUGAACAUUUCCAUAUCGACAUGGACAAGGAAUAUGGUGUGAACUGUUCUGAUGUUAAUCUUGAGAAGAUUUGGGACCAUCUUGAUGCAUUUGCUUUAGCUCAUUUUCUUGGUUGGGCUUUUAAGGCAAUUUUAGUGAGGCAUUAUGGAAUUUGUUGGACUGUUAGUGUCAUGUGGGAAAUAACUGAGGUGGCUUUUGCUCACUUGUUGCCUAACUUUACUGAAUGUUGGUGGGAUGCUCUUAUUUUAGACGUGAUGCUUUGUAACGCCCUAGGAAUCUGUCUUGGUUUACAAGUUUGUAAAAUGCUUGAAAUGAGAGACUACAAUUGGGUCGGGAUCAAUGAAAUUCAAACGACAACUGGCAAGAUUAAGCGAGCUGUUCUGCAAUUCACACCUAGCUCUUGGACACAUGUUCGAUGGCUUGAUCCAAAUUGUACUUACAUGAGAUUCUGGGCAAUAUGUCAGUUAGUAAUAUUUUGGCAAGUUCUUGAGCUGAAUACCUUCUUUCUUAAACAUAUAUUUGAAAUGCCUCCUACUCAUCCUAUUGUGAUCUGGAGGUUGGGCUUUGUCGGAAUCAUAGUAGCUCCGUCAGUUAGGCAAUAUUAUAUGUAUGUGACUGAUCCUGGGUGUAAACGUGUUGGAACGCAAUGCUGGGUGUAUGGCGCGAUCAUGGCUUCUGAAGCUCUGUUAUGUAUUAAAAAUGGCAAAGAAUUGUUUUCUCACACCCAGGCUACUAACAUUAUCGUCUGGCUUCUGAUACAGUUUCUGAUGUCGGUUAUAUGUGUUUCUGGAUGCGUGAUGUGGACAAUAUAUUUUCAGGGGGAUAAAUCGAAAGCACAUGUUUCUUCACCUGAGAAGCUUUCAAAGCAGAAUUCUCUGUCAUCUGCAGACGAGGGUGAUGACGUUUCCAAAGGAGACGCUGAGGAUAGUAGCGGAAACAUCAGGCGUAGGCUUGUUUAUUAUGAUGAUAAUGACUCAGCACGUUCAUAAAUCAUGUGCAAUAGUAAAAAUCCCUUUUUGGUAGUCAAUCUUGAGUAGUCAUAUUGAUAAUGUCUUAGAAAUUAAGUUUUUUUUUUUUACAAACCUCAGGUUGUU